AUGCUUUCCUCCAAAGUUAGUCGGACGUUAACAAGAUACAUUGACAGAGCAACGGACCAAUUUAAUCUGGAGCCGAAUUUGGCUUUGAAUUUGGAAAUCGCUGAUUAUAUUAACGUCAAAAAGGGAAAUGCACCUAGAGAGGCAGCUUUCACCAUAUUGAAGCGUAUCAAUAGUACCAACCCGACAGUGACUUAUUUGGCUUUGAAUCUUCUUGAUAUUUGUGUAAAAAACUGCGGCUUCCCCUUUCAUUUACAAAUUGGAAGCCAAGAAUUUCUCAAUGGAUUUGUUUCGCGUUUUCCUAAAUAUCCCCUCCCCCAUAUGAAUAAGGUUCAGAAAAAGAUUUUGGAAAUGCUUGAAGAAUGGAAUUACAUGCUUUGUAAAAGCAACAGGCAUAGCCAAGAUUUUUCCAGAAUCCAUGACCUCCGCGAAUUGAUGUCUUUUCAAGGUUAUAAAUUUCCAAAGGUUGAUGAGGAUUCAGUUGCUGUAAUGAAUCCUAGUAAUGAACUACGCUCCGCUCAUGAGUUGGCUAUGGAAGAUUUGGAGGCACAUAAAGCUAAGCUUCAAGAACUCCUUCGUCGAGGUACUCCAAUGGACUUGGCCGAAGCUAAUGCAUUAAUGAAAGUAAUCGCUGGUUAUGACAAAGAGAAUACGGAAGACUACUCUGCUCUCGCCUCUGCAGAGAUUGAAUCCAUCAAAGCUAAAGCUUUCCGUGUUCAACAUCAUCUCGAAAAUCCAGCAUUGGUGUCUCUAGAUGAACCCUUAGAGUCCGCAAUGGAGUCUCUGAAAGUUUAUAAGAACAAAGUCGUCCGUUUAUUGCAGACUGAGGAUGAAGAUGAAUACUAUGUUCAUAAGCUUAUUACAUUGAAUGAAUUACUUCAUGAUGUACUACAGGCUUACGGGAUCAAUCAUGAUUUCAAUGAACAACCCUUACCUAGUUCUUCACAAUCAUCCCAACAAAGUAAUAAUGCUCUCAUAAGAAACGAAUCUUCUUUAGUCGAUCUGCUCGACGAAUCUAGUCAAGAUAACUUAAAUGUUCCUGAUAAUGCUGUCUCUUUCAAUAAUGCCUCAGUUUUCGCUGGCUUUCCUGAUGCAUUCAAUUCUAAUAAACCAGUAUCUAAUGGUGAUUCUGUACAUAAGUCCUUUAACGUUGAAACUACUCUUCCCAUUUUGAAGUCUGAUUCCUUGCUACUGUCAGCUAAGUUAGUCAGUUACAAUCCAGCGAGUGGUACUGCAUCAUAUGUGGUCUAUCUAUCUAACGACUCUUUUGCGUCUUCUGUAUCUAAUGUUACUUUUCAGGUCGCUGUCAUGAAAUCCCAAAAACUUCAGAUGCUUCCCCUUGUUGGAGAAACUACUAUAUCUCCAAAACAGCAAAAUGCUGCCUAUAUGAUGAUGAAUAUUUCCAAUAUCGGUCAUGACCAGAAAUCUUUACGAAUUCGCUGGCGUUCUUACUGGACUGUUAACCUCAAUACUCAGGAAGCUUCUGGUGAAAGUCAUCUACCUCUUCAAAUCUAG